AUGGAUCUGUCUCACUAUCUAACUUUAACUCUUACUACUUUGAUCUUAACUGUCUAUCCCAAUGUUGCCACCGCGACCUGCUCGUGUUUAUCUGAUGCUGUAUCAUCAAUCAGCGCAGAUUCCUCCGCUGCUGCUUUCUGUUCUCAGUAUGUUACUACCAUCUGGGACUCAACGACCAUUACAACACCCCUAGCAACCACGAUCAGAACUCAGACUGUUUCUGCUUUGAUCACAGUGACCACAACUGUCCUGAAUGUAGGCAGUACAACAACGACCCUCACCGAGACGGUUCCAAUCCCAUAUAUAUCCACAGUAACAACAACAGUUACUUCACCUACCACCGAAUGCUACACGGGCACUUUAUUUGGAACCCAAGAGGCUCCGAUUGUCACCCCAGCAGCCAGAGGCCUAGAGGCGAGGCAGAUAAUAUCAGAAACCCCACAUAUCAUUCUGCCUACGCCUCCUUUAAUACUCUCGCUGGAAGAUUCACUCAUCUCUUCUGCAUGUGAAUGUUUUCUUGGACCCUCUGCUACAGUUACGGAAACAAUAACGGAUAUUGUGGGCUCUGGAACAUUAACGGCCACUGUUGAUUAUACCACGAUUCCAACUACAACUGCCUACAUUGCAUUAGUUACAACGUGGACAGAUAUAGUAGUGAUCACUUCAUCUACUGCCACUGCCACCAACACAGCUACCACCACAGCCUACACUCCUGUCCCUACGAAUACCCAGCACGGGCUAAACUGGUACUAUUAUACCAGUCCUUACGCAUUUGCGGGCACUAUACCAUUCGAUCCGCAAUACUUUAAUAGUCCUAACUACAAUUUCAGUGGCUAUAUUGAGAACGUCAACGAGUUCCACACUGGUUCAACAUAUUCCACGUCCAGUACAAACUAUACAUGCAACGCACCAGUGCCUGCCGGCGAGGAUUGUGGCUACGUUGUCGUUAUCUUCCAGGGAUAUUUAUGGGCUAGAGACGGUCCAGUUUGGCAUGGGCAAAAUGCAUACAGUAACUAUCAGAACACAAACUACGAUUACCAAGCAACUUACCCUAGUACGACAGGAAGUGUCACUAUCGAUGUUGGCACCGGUGAUCUGAUACCUAUUACUAUGCUAUGGGCCAAUGGAGGGGGCCCCGGUCAAGUUGUACUUACCAUCACUAACCCUGCUGGCACGACCUACUCUGACACUACUGGGUUCUUCGUUCCAGCUAAUAGUACUUGCCCCGGGUACAGCAAUCCCUUCUCUCCAUAA